CAUAUUCGGUUGUGCGCCAGGGCGCUUAACGUGGCGUUCAGUAGGAUUUUCCUUCCGAAGAAGGAAACCAAUGAUCGAGUGCAUACCUCUCAAAUACCUCUAGAGUCAAUUCUUCAGUGCUACGUUCGGGCUCGCCCUACACCGUGACCACGAUACUGCAAGCUUCCUUUUCACCACUGCAAGUACUGUGCGCACGUAGGCUAUCUCUUCUGAAACACUUGAAGAAGAUCCCGGCCCCUCCUGGUAUACACCGUUUCCUCGUACUGGCAUCACAUACCAAGCAAAACCGGUCCGCCCGACCCUCAAGGGUACACUACCCUCUCAUCCCGCUUUCGGGCGACGAGGUCUUCCGGCACUUCCUCUCCCGCUUCUUGUUGUCGACAAUGGCAUCCAAUACACCAGAUUUCACCACCAGCCCGACGACCCCACAUCGGACAGAAAGACCGGGUUUGAAGAAAAUACCACCGUACUGGUACCCAUACACCACCAUGACGAAGGGUCGUUGGCUUGGUCGAGAGUUACUGGAGGUCGUAUCAACCGAGUUUCGUAGUCGGUCCGUGGAAUUCUACAAAUACGCCAUUGAAACAGGUGUCACUACGAUCAACGGUAAACCAGCGAAACCUUGGACAAUCCUUAGGAACGGAGACCGCGUAGAGAACGUUGUGCACCGGCAUGAACCUCCGGUCACUUCGACACCUGUCCGCAUCGUACAUCAUGAUAAGGAACGCGGCUUUAUUGUCAUCGACAAACCCGGUUCAAUUCCCGUUCAUGCGGCUGGACGCUAUUUUCGGAAUAGCCUCGUUGAGAUCUUGAAGAAUGACUUCGGCUUUAAAAAAGUCUACACGAUCAACAGAUUGGAUAGACUCACUUCCGGGAUGAUGAUUAUUCCUUUGAAUGCGACGCUUGCAACCACUCUCACCCAGGAGUUCAUGGACGGCACAGUUCAGAAGGAAUAUGUUGCGCGCUGCAGGGGGCAGUUUCCAGAAGACGAGGUCACUUGCGAGCAGCCACUACUCACGAUUGAUAGGCAAAUGGGACUGAAUGUAGUUCAUCCCGAAGGCAGGCCCGCAAAGACGAUCUUCAAACGACUUCAUUACGAUGCGGAUACCGAUACAAGCGUUGUGCGCUGUCGUCCGUUGACGGGUCGUUCUCAUCAAAUACGGGUACACCUCCAGUACCUUGGAUAUCCUAUAGCAAAUGAUCCCGUCUACUCAGAGACGAGGAUAUGGGGCGAGCGACUAGGCAACGGAGGAGUAGACUGGACUCCGAGCGAGGAACGUGCAGCCCCUGCACCUCCCAAGGAAUCAGGCUUGUCUAUCGCCGACAACCCGGAGAUCUUGUCCAAGAAGCCCACCGAUGUUGCCCAGCGAGACAACUCUUCCUCAUCUGUCAACUCGGAUGUCAUUGCUGAGCAAGAAACCGGUCACGGCAUCAGCGGAAGCACCGAUGCACCGACCGCUGUUUCUAAGCCCCUGCCUCGCGAAACCGGUCACGAUAUCGGCAUGGCUUCGCCCGUCCCGCUGUCCGCUGAGUUAGUUGGGAUCAUCACGCGGCUUCGCAACAUGAAGGUAGCAUUCCUCCUGCUCAGCAUCUUGGGCAUUCUUUUACUCAUCCACGCUUCUCUUGUCACGCUCGCUGUGCUUCUGCAGGACGAAGACGAAGACUGGGGUCGCUGGCGAGACGUCGUCUUCCGUGCCAAGGGAGCUCUAUCACCAUACGGUGUCAACGUGCCCCUGCCGCCGCAGAACAGGCGAAAAAGAGGCGGGCAGACGCAGACGCCUACCCCUCAGGAGGACAGCGCGGAUGCGGCGAGGAGUAAGGAUGACGGCGCUGAUGCUGCUGACAGUGAAACCACUCAAGCUGAGGAGCAGCCGCCCCAGCUGACGGUGGAGGAAGCGCUUGCGAAGCUCGAGUCUUUCCGCAAGCCACCGCCGUCGCCAGUGAUCUCUCCGCUGCCAGAUUCGUCCGCGCCGCUACCCUCUCUGUCGGACUCGGCACCCACGCCGACUGCGGAAGCGCUUGCAGAGGCCGACGCAGGGUCUUAUUGCCCAGAAUGCUACAUGCCGCUGCAUCCUGACCCUACACCGGAGCGCUUGUACAUCUUCUUGCAUGCCUUGCGGUAUACCACUAGCUUGGGCUCGUUUGAGACCAAGAUGCCAGAAUGGGCGGCGGAAGGGUGGACCUGGGAUAGAUCGUGA